CAUUGAAGCGAGCUCGAGAGUCGAAAGUAUACACGUGCAGCGGUGGAAUUGUAAACAUUAGCUUUAGAACAUAAACGUAGUUCAAUCCAGAAAUUGUACCAUUUUGUUUCAGCUAUAAAGACACCGGUUUCACGAUCACGUUUUGUGAGUGUCAUUAGAAAUGCCAAGCGACACAAGGAAAAAACGAAGGGCGGAUUCAGAAGUGGAUGAUACAUCCGAUGUUGAAACAUCAUCCCCCAAAAAGAAAAAGAAGACUAAAGAGAAAGUGGAUGAAAGAAACAGAUCAGACCCGGCUGAGUGGCCUGCUGAGGAUAUCCUGCAGUUGUUCGAGAGGAUGGAAGGAGUCCUUCCUAAACCUGACGUAUUGCGGUACACCCGAUGUGUGGAGAAGAUUAACUGGGAAGAUGUGCAGUUUGGAGAAUAUUCAAGCCAGGAUUGUGCGGAUGUUUUCAACUUGAUGCUCAAAAGGGUUCGCCUGAAUCAGACUGCCACAGACUUGCUGAACAAUAUGAAGUGUAUGUAUGGCAGGCAACCCAGGCUGUUACAAGGACAGGUGCAACGCAUGCCGAAAAAGCCUUCCAACAUCUUCACAAUGUUCAUCAAACACAAGCAGAAAAAAGUCCGGAAAAAGAACCCCAACCUGACAGGUUCAGAAGUGCUAAAGAUCCUUGCUUCACUCUACAAAAACCUGUCCGCAAAGAAGAAACAAAAAUAUCAAGAACAAUACAACCAAAACAUGGAGGCUUAUAAAGAAGAAUUUGCCAAGUUCAAAGAGGAGUAUCCAGAACUGUUCACUGCUGAAAUGAAGGCACCAAAGUGUCUGACACCGCUCAGUAUGUUUUUGGAGGACAGAAUAACAAGGCUGAUUGAAGCCGAUCCUGAACUGAACCACAAGGAGGCUAGUGAGGCAGCAACGAGGAAGUGGAAGAAGCUGAAGGAGAAGAAGCUGCUGAAGUGGAUCAGACGAGCCGUGAAAGCAUUUGAAGAAGAUUAUAAGCAUCAGUGUGCGGUCUACCAACGGGUACACCCGACGUUUGUCCCAAAGUCGACCUGUCUGAAGAAGUCAGAGCAGAACUUGCUAGACAUUGCUGAGGGGAAACCAGUUAAACCACCACAAAGUGGACUGGGAGCGUACCAACGUUGUCGAUGGGCUGAGCUAAAGGAUAGUGGGAAGAGUUUCAGACACAUUGGAAGCAAAAUAAUUCGUGAAUGGAAACAGAUGAGUGCGGAGGAGAAAGAUGUCUACAACAAGGAGGUCAAGCAGGCCAAGACAGAGUAUGCUGUUGCCUAUAACAACUACCUUUUGAGCCUCUCACCAGAGAAGAGACAGAUGGAGCUGAGGAACAAGAAGGGAAAGAUACCUGCCCACACUCUUUCAACAAGCAGUGACGAUGUGAAUGGUGACGUUGCUGAUGAUGAGGUGGAUGGUACGACUGGAAUCAAGGAAGAAUAUGCAAACCACAUUAAGCACACGGAACCACUGCGGUCAGCUCUGUCCUACUACAUCGAGGAGCAGUGCAAGGACCUGAUCGGCAACGACUCGGACACCAGUGAAUCCGACCUCACAGUCUCACUUACCAAGCAGUUCAAGAAACUCCCUGAAGACGAAAAGGACAAAUAUCGCAAGAUGGCAGAAAGCCAGAGGAAGCAGACCCUGAUGACUAAUUUCAUAUCAGGAUCGCCAAAAUCAAAACCUAAACCACUCAGUGACAAUGGGGCAGGCAAACAUGGAGCAAUGAAAUCAUUUCCUGGCGAACCGACUCGACCUCCCUUGAGUGGCUACAGUCUGUUCUCCACCAAGCUGCUGUCGGACCUGACGGACGUGCCCAGCAAUGAGAGGAUGGGGGUGAUUGGGCAGCGGUGGAAACAGCUUUCUGAGGAGGAGAAGACUGCCUACUCCAAAAAGGUCAAGAAGAAAAUGCAGAAAUAUACCAAAGAGGUGGAAAAGUUUAAAGAGACUCUGUCUCCCACUGACUUAGCAACCUUCGAGCAGGUGCUUGCUAACAGAGGAGGGAAGAAGAAGGCCCCAGGGCAUGUCAUGACGGUCAAGAUGUUCAAAUAGUGUACAUCACAAGUCCUGUCGGUGCAAUUCACAAUAUUAUUGUUACCAGCUAUUGGGUCCUCUGUACAGUGCUAUUUAGUGGCCAGUCGGAAAGUUGUACUCGUGAAGCUGUGAUGUGGUCUUGUGGCCUUGUGGUCUAAAGUGCUGCAUUUUGUUUUGCAGAGUUAUGUCCCUUAGUCGAGACAGGAUCCACUAGUUGUCUUUUGCCCUGUUUGUACAGUCUUCACCUACAUCAGAAAAUCACCUUUUCAUUAUCAAAUAUACAGUUUAGGAAAAAGUGUAGAGUCAGCCUUCUUGACAUGUCACUCACAUGAUCACAUGUGAUGAUUUUAUGAUGAUUUAUAAGAGUUUCUUAUGUUACCAGACAUGCAGAUUCUUUGGACCCAAAAUGGCCCUUGUCAAAUAUGCAAAUUCUGCAGGCCCCUAAUGACCCUUGUCUCAGGAUACAGAUUCUGCGGGCCCAAAAUGGUCCUUAUCUUACUUAGUCCUUUGAUGAAGCUUUUGGGGGGGCUCAGCUUAGUUCAUGGGUCUGUGUAACCCUCAGACUGAAUCUGUCAGCUGUACAAUCAGCUAGGCAGGUGAGCUUCUCUGGUUUUGCCUUUACAUCUUCUUUUAAUGUGGCACCAAGUGGAUCAUACGAAUGAUGAGAAACAGGUCACCUAUGUUUUCAGAAGUGCCAUAUGUUUUGAUAUUUCGGUUCUUAGAUGUUUUUAAGACAUAUUUUAUUUCUCCCAGAGAUUCUUGUGUAUUGUGUCCAGUGUAUCAUGGUUUGUAAUGAUACAUCCCAUUUAUUGGUAUUAGUGACGUUUUACGAUUUCAUUUUACUUAAUCAUGUUGAUAGCUCCUGUUGUGGGUAUUUUGUUAUUUUAAAUUUUCUUAAACUUAUUAGGGGCGGUCGGGUAGCCUAGUGAUUAAAGCGUUCGCUCGUCUCACCGAAGACCCGGGUUCGAUUCCCGACAUGGGUACAAUGUGUGAAGCCCAUUUCUGGUGUCCCCCGCCGUGAUAUUGCUGGAAUAUUACUAAAAGCGGCGUAAAACCAUACUCACUCACUCUUAAUCUUGUUGACUUAAAACCAUUUUCAAGUCCUUCUCCAAACUAGGAUCAACUUUGGCCCCAGGCCACACUCAUCAGUUUCAUCCAUUCAGAAGAUUCCAAGAAUUGUCACCAAGUGUUUGUUGUCAUCACAUUGAGUUCCACCCGGUGCGUUUUAUCUAUGGUCGGGGGGAUGAUUGUUAAAGACAUGGGUCCUGUCCCAAAAACCUUUCUUAGCGCUAAGGCGGUCAUAACUCCCUUCAACAUAGGCUUAUGAUCAUUGUAGCGCUAACUUCGCUCUGUGGAACCGGAACUGGGCCCUGGGCCCUCAAAGUGAUCUUUGCACUAUGAUUGUAAGAAGUCAAAAGGGAGUUUGAGUCUUGGCGCUAAUAUCGCGUUGUGAAACGGGGCCCUGUGUCCUGAUUUAGUUUGUAAGAGUUAACUUGUUUGUACAGUUUGAUAUGAUGGAUUAUAGUUACCUGCUCUGCUGUUGUGUGUAGCUUCCAUGAAGAUCACCCAACUUCAUACAGCUUGAAUAUUGCUGAGUGUGGCAGUAAACAAGAAACUCUAUGAAGAUCAUCGAAAAAUGCAUAAACGCAGUGAAGACCCGGGUUCGAUUCAUGACAUGGGUACAUUGUGUGAAGCCCAUUUCUGGUGUCCCCUGCCGUAAUAUUGCUGGAAUAUUGCUAAAAGCGGCAUAAAACCAUACUCACUCACUCACCACAUAAAUGCAGUGAACAUUUGACACACAGAUCUCCUGAAGACCCUAACAGACAGACCUUUUUAUAUUCUUUCUUAGAAAUGGGUUCAUAUUUGUGUGUAGCUGCUUCAAGAAAUAUAGAAUUUUUUAACUUCAUCCCAUCUCAAACUUUGCAUUUUUCCCUACUCAGCCGAUCCUAGAGUGGAAACAAACCUUGAACCUAUUUUCCAGCU